AUGCUAUCCUUUCGUACCAAGGGAUAUAAUGGUUAUGGAGUCCAGUACUCACCAUUCUUUGAUAAUAAACUAGCAGUAGCAACGGCUGCAAAUUAUGGUCUUGUGGGGAACGGAAGAUUAUUUAUUCUAGACAUUGAACCCAAUGGGCAGAUAACGAGCCCUAUUUCAUGGGAGACGCAAGAUGGAUUGUUUGAUUUAGCUUGGAGUGAAAUACAUGAAAAUCAAUGCGUGGUAGCUAGCGGAGAUGGUCUGAUUAAAUUGUUUGAUCGUAUGGUUCCUCAAUUUCCAAUAAUGCAAUGGAACGAACAUCAACGAGAGGUGUUUUCAGUGAAUUGGAAUUUGGUGGAUAAGACUAAUUUUGUUACUUCAAGCUGGGAUGGGAGUAUAAAGGUUUGGUCGAGUCAGAGAAAGGAGUCAAUGCUUACCCUAAACCCCAGUGGCACUGAUUUCACAACCAUGACAGCACCAGUUGCAUCAACUGCUCAACCACCACUUCUGCAUCAACAGCAGCAUCAAAGAAGUCAACAGACUGGUACAAAAAACUGUAUUUAUUCAGCCCAAUUCUCACCUCAUUCCCCAUCAAUGCUUGUGUCAUGUACAGGUGCAUCACAAGUGCAAAUAUGGGAUAUUCGAACUCCGCAUCCAUUGCAAUUGCAUUUCGUUUCGCAUGAUGGUCUAGAAACUCUUUCAGUUGAUUGGAACAAAUACAAAUCAACAGUUGUUGCAUCUGGAGGAACUGAUAAAUCUGUUAGAGUGUGGGAUCUAAGAAUGGUUUCCAAUUUGGACCAACCUUCAGCCCAUUCACCUAUGCCUCUGCAUCACCAUCGAGGUCCAAGCGCGCUAAAUCAAUUUGUAGGUCAUGAAUUUGCCGUAAGGCGAGUUCAAUGGUCUCCUCAUAAUGGCAAAGAAUUACUAAGCACGUCUUAUGACAUGUCAGCUAGAGUUUGGAGAGAUGAACUGGAUGAACGAGCCAGAUUCUUGAAUACAAAGACUGGUGGGUUGAAAGGUGUGUUUAACAAACAUAGGGAGUUUGUCAUUGGGUGUGACUAUAGUCUAUGGGGGGAACCAGGAUGGUGUGCCACUACUGGCUGGGAUGAAAUGGUGUAUGUAUGGGAUUCAAAGAGACUAUAA